CCCCAGCCCCCGCGCGGCCCCGCCGCCAUGGCCUUCACGUUCGCCGCCUUCUGCUACAUGUUGGCGCUGCUGCUCACGGCCGCCCUCAUCUUCUUCGCCAUCUGGCAUAUUAUAGCAUUUGAUGAACUGAAGACUGAUUACAAGAAUCCCAUAGACCAGUGUAAUACACUCAAUCCUCUUGUACUUCCAGAGUACCUCAUCCAUGCAUUCUUCUGUGUCAUGUUUCUCUGUGCAGCAGAGUGGCUCACACUGGGUCUCAAUAUGCCCUUGUUGGCUUAUCAUAUUUGGAGGUACAUGAGCAGACCCGUGAUGAGCGGCCCGGGGCUCUAUGAUCCUACGACCAUCAUGAAUGCAGAUAUUUUAGCCUAUUGCCAGAAAGAAGGAUGGUGCAAAUUAGCAUUCUACCUUCUAUCUUUUUUUUACUACCUAUAUGGCAUGAUUUAUGUUCUGGUGAGCUCUUAAGAAGACAUUCAGCAAGCUUUGUUCCAGUUAAGUGCAUGCAAAAGCCACAAAAAACAUGGAUUCUUUACAAGAACCUCUGACCAAGAUUAAAUCUGGAACCUGAUGUUCACAAUUGAGUUAGGAAACAAUGACUCCCCUAUUUUUAAAAUAUUUCCACAUUUUAUACUUGUGGAAAGACUGUUUUCUUAUAUUUUACUGGGACGCUGAAAUUAAUGAAUUAUGUGUAAAUUAAUAUAAAGAUGACUGGGGUUUGAAAAGUUUUGACUUUGCACUCCAUAAGGAACAGCCAUAACCUUUGAGUAGGUGUUGGUUACUAGCCUUAGUACUCUAGGGAUUUGCUGUAGGAUGGGCUUUGUAGUGGCUCACUUGGACUUGUGUAUCCCACUCUUGACUCUAAAUCAGCCCUAGCUCCAGGUGCUUGGGAACAACUGGAAUACUCUGUGUUUGCCCAUUGGUGAUGAUGGUCUGAGGAUAUUAAUUCAUGGACACAAAUGCAAAAAUAGUUCUGUUUUGGUUUAUUUUUUUUAUUAUCUGGUUAAUAUUUCCCUGUAUGUGCAUCCAUAGCUCCAGAUCCUUCUGUAUCUUCUCCGAACACUAAGCCUGCUUUGAUCUCAAGUCUAUGUCAUUGUGGCAGGAGAAGCUGAAUUGUCCAUGAAGGAAUGAAUUUAAAAGUGUUUUUUUAAUGUCUGUGUUGUCUGAUUAACAAAUGGACAAACCUCCAACAUUCAUCAAGUCCAAUGAUGAAAACACUCUUGGGUUUAAGAAUAGUAAAUACUACAGACUUUUUCAAAGCAGAAAGUGAGAUUGUGAAACUGCCCCGCUGUUCCUUAGUGCAAUAAAUGAUAAUAAAAAACAAAUCUCAAAUUCA